ACAUUGUAUAGCUAGUGCAGAAAGCGUCUGUCAUAUGGCUUCGUUGCUAUAGAAACGUUUCCGCCAUGGCUACUGUACAACCUGCCUCACGUUUAUUUGCAUCUCUUCAGCUACCGGACAGUUGUGAUCAAACGUUAGAGGAGCGGGAGAAUAAGCCCGGGCUUCUAAUCGGACAGAGGGCAAGGCGAGAGGUGCAUGUGACAGGGACUGCGGAGCUAAGCGCUGACCCAGACAGAGCCUCGGUAUGUAUGCGACUGGUGAGCAACAAGGAGUCAGCUGCCGAAGUCAAAAGCAGUGUGCAGAGGAGGCUGGAGUACAUCCUUCAAAGCUUGCGGCACAGUGGAAUCACGGAAGAAAAUAUAACUGUAUCUAAAGAAUUCCAAAAGAUCUCAAAUGCAUACCAAAUGGAAGCCGAGGUCUGUGUUAUAUUCAGUGAUUUUCAAAAACUCCAGAACAUUUGUAAUUUGCUGGUUGAAAAAUUGGAAAGUUCAGUAAGCAUCUGUUCUCCAAAGUUCUAUCACACUCCAGAGAGUAUGGAAAAAUUAAGGCGUGAAGUUUGUCUUGCUGCAGUAAGUAAUGCUCGUCGUAAAGCCCUGGAGGUUUGUCGUUUAGUUGGACAGUCCCUUGGAAGGGCAUUAGUGAUAAGAGAAGAAGAACUGAGAGAAUUGCAAGACCAAGGAGAUUCCUAUUCUGCUUUAUCAACAUCAAUUCAACAGAGAAUUAAAAGUGGCACCAUUUAUGCUACUUCAAAAGUAUUUGCAACUUUUGAGAUCAUGGGAAAAGAAAAGAACAAAAAAAAGUGCCAAGGAAUAUAGAGUAUACAUGUACAUAUUUCAUACCCAAUAAUUUUAUUUUAUUUUUAUUUAGGGGAACAUUUUUUUUUUAUUGUAGAUUUGCAACUCCUUAAGAUAGUAAGCCAAUUGUGAUAUAUGUAUAUAUUUAUAUAUAAUGUUCAUCCAUCAUUUUCUAUUAAACAAACUAGUUUAUUGCA